AUGAGUAGCGAUGAAGAUCAACAAAACCUAGCGAUCAAGGUCGUUGCGGCCCUUUUCAUGUCGAUAGCAUGUGUGGCCGUGAUGCUCCGGUGUUAUGUCCGUGGCUGGCUGGUGAAGGCGUUCGGAUGGGAUGAUGCCGCGAUGGUGGUGGCUAUGUGCUUUUAUGCAAUGUUCUCCGGGUGCAUGAUCGGAGCGUCGUUACAUGGCAAUGGGAGACACUGGUAUAGUCUGGAACCAGAGGAGCGAGUGGUCGCGAUGAAGUACUGGUGGUUAUGCGAAGUUGCGUUCUCUCUCGCAUCCAUUUUCUGCAAGAUUUCAAUCUGCAUGUUCCUCAUGCGAAUCUGUGUCAAGAAGACCCACAUGUGGAUUCUCUACAAUGUCAUGGGCGCAACAGUCCUUGCUGGCUUGGUGUUCUUUCUCCUAAUGAUCUUUCAAUGCAAGCCAUUGCAGUUUUUCUGGACUCGCAUGGCACAUCAUCCCGUUGUGAACAUUGAAGGCGAAGGCCACUGUCUCAAUAUGGAAAUUAUCGUGGCCAUGUCAUACGUUUACAGUGCUUUUGCCGCAAUGUGCGACUUCACUGUGGGUAUUUUACCAAUCUUUGUUGUGCACAAUCUACAGAUGAAACGCCGGACAAGAUUGGUGGUCAUUGGAAUCUUGAGCAUGGCUUGCAUUGCAUCCUCUGCCGUGAUCGUCCGUAUCCCAUUUUUAUGGACCUUUGAGGAUUUAGACGACUUUUUGUAUAUGACCGUCCAAAUUGCCAUUUGGUCGAAUCUCGAGAUCGGUCUCGGCAUUACUGCUGGCAGUCUCGCAACCCUCCGUCCCCUGGUUCGCCAGUGGCUCGGUUCGCGCGCAGGUCGAUCGUAUUCUGGAUUCCCUAAAGGAUCCUAUGGGCGCUACGCUGGUGCCAGUGGGCAAAAGGGGGUGUCUUUGGGGUCGAUAAAUAGAAAUAACCGGAACGACUUGAGACCAGAUAAACUGGCUGUCAUGGUGACAAAUAUCGAAAGCCAGAGAGACGUUGAAAGUACAUGGCCACGUUCAUCCAGCCUGAGCAGUAGCGAGGAAAGAUUGACCAUGCAGCAUCCCACACAUCCAGGGAAAAUAGAAGUGGAUGUCCACCAGACAUUCGAGGUUACACGAACGGUAGCCGAUGGCAAUGACGUGGGAGGAUCAUCUCGUCAGAUCGCGAGAGAGCAUGUAUAA